GAGGCCGCUGUUUUAGAACACAUACCGCCUGCCGCGCUAGUGGCGCAUAUUGGCUUCUUCCGGUUUUGCUCGCUCUUUCCUGUGUGGCCUCCAUUCGAAGGGAAAAUAUGGCAAUCCGGUACCCCAUGGCCGUUGGCCUUAAUAAAGGCCACCCCGUGACCAAGAAUGUGAGCAAGCCAAGGCAGAAUAGAAGAAGAGGGCGCCUAACCAAACAUACCAAGUUUGUCAGAGACAUGAUCCGUGAGGUGUGUGGCUUUGCCCCUUACGAAAGGCGUGCAAUGGAGUUGCUGAAAGUGUCCAAGGAUAAGCGAGCACUCAAGUUCAUUAAGAAGAGGGUUGGAACCCACAUUCGUGCAAAGAGGAAGAGAGAAGAACUGAGCAACAUCCUAGCAGCCAUGAGAAAGGCAGCUGCCAAGAAAGACUAAUUUCAUAUGUUACUUAAAAAAAAAAAAAAUAAAACUGUGGAAAAAAAAA